GCCUCCUGCUAUGGAACAUAUUUCCCUGCUACAAGCUAGCCGCACACUGGAUAUUUAAAAAAAACACGACCAAAAAAUGCUCCUUCGCCGGAUCAAAAGUGUCCAACAAAUAACUACAGCAAGUCAGGGGGAACUUUGUCCAACUGUGUCCAAACUUCAGUAAGGCGAGGAGCCCCAAGCGGCACUUUCGAGGGUGUUAGCAUUGUUUCAUCGCCUCUUGCUGAGGACGACUCGUCUUUUUCCCCCCUCUUUUCUUUUUACAGUUAGUACCUAAUUGCUGGAGUAAUUGCUGAUGAAUUCCCCGAAAAAGGACGGAGAUGAUGAUGUGCCCGUUAAAGACUCGAUAAAAUACGGCGAACUGGUCAUUUUGGGGUACAAUGGCUCUCUUCCCACUGGCGACCGCGGCCGCCGAAAAAGCCGCUUUGCCCUGUACCGACGGGCCAAGGCCAACGGCGUCAGACCCAGCGCCGUGCACAUCCUCAACACGCCGCAGGACAGCAAGGCGGUGCACAGCAGGGGGCAACACAGCAUCUCUUUCACACUGUCCCGCAACCAGACUGUGGUGGUGGAGUAUUGCCAUGACAACAACACUGACAUGUUCCAGAUCGGACGCUCUACAGAAAGUCCCAUCGACUUCGUAGUGACGGACACAUCUGGUGGAGCCAAGGAGGGAGAGGACCCCUCCAUCGCCCCCAGCACCAUCUCACGUUUUGCCUGCAGGGUGGUGUGUGAGCGCCACCCGCCGUACACGGCGCGCAUCUACGCUGCUGGCUUUGACUCCUCCAAAAACAUCUUCUUGGGGGAGAAGGCCACCAAGUGGAAGAAUCCCGAUGGACACAUGGAUGGCCUGACCACCAACGGGGUCCUGGUUAUGCACCCGGAAGGCUUCCCUGAGGACCCCAAGCAGGGGCUGUGGCGGGAAAUCUCGGUCUGCGGCGACGUCUACGCCUUACGGGAGACACGCUCUGGACCCAGCAGGGGCAAACUUGCGGAAGGGGAGAGCAGUGUGCUACGGGACGGUUCGUUGGUGGAUCUGUGCGGUGCCACACUGCUGUGGCGCACGGGCGAGGGCCUCAUGCGCGCUCCCACCUUACGCCACUUGGAGGCGCUUCGCCAGGAGUUGAAUGCGUCUCGGCCUCAGUGUCCUGUUGGCCUCAGCACACUGGCCUUCCCCAGCCUGCCCCGCAGCCACAGCCUCGAAGAACGUCAGCCCUGGGUCUACCUCACCUGCGGCCACGUCCACGGACGCCAUGACUGGGGUCAAAGAUCUGAGGGCGAGGAGGAGCCAGGCGAGGGCGACGGCUCCACCGUGCGCCGAGAGUGCCCGCUUUGCCGGAGUGUGGGCCCCUACGUGCCACUGUGGCUGGGCUGCGAGCCGGCUGUGUACGUAGACGCCGGCGCCCCCACUUAUGCUUUUGUGCCGUGCGGCCACGUCUGCUCGGAGAGGACAACCAGGUACUGGGCGGACACCCCGCUGCCUCAUGGGACGCACGCCUUCAGGCCCGUGUGUCCCUUUUGCUCCUCUGCCCUCAGCUCGCCAGGAUGGACUCGGCUCAUCUUCCAGGGCCCCAUCGACUAACAAAACCAACACAAAGGAGAUUUGCCGGAUCCUUUCCUUGCGUAUUGACAAACACAGAUUUGUAGCGUAUGCAACUCCUGCCUUUAUUUCUCCUUUGGGCUUGUUGAUGGAUUGAGGAUCUGAAGACGAGGUGACAAAAUGAAACGUGACAGAGAAAUCAAUUAGACCAUUGAUUUCCCCUGAACUUCAUGUUAGUCUGAUGUCCAUUCCAUUAAAUCAGCCUAUUCACAAAGUACAUGUCCAUGGAUCCCCGCAUAUUCGCGAUUCAGCAUUCACGCCCCAGCAAGUUCACUGAUUUUUCUUCCCAAAAAUGUAAUAAUUGUAUCUCCAGAAAUAGGUCGUUUUUUUUGGGCCAAAAAAACAUCUCAUUCACCCGAAAUUUGUAACAGAUUAUACGCAAUAGUAAAGCAUAAUAAUACAACAUGCAUGUACAGUCAUCCCUCGUUUUUCACGGCUAAUUGGUUCCAGGCCUGACGAUGGUAAUCAAAUUUCCACAAAGUAGGAUUAUCAUUAAUAAAUCAAAUAUUUUCUUAGUUAGAGCAUAUAAAACUGUUUACGACUUCUUUAAAAAAAGUGUUUUAAACAUAAUUUGAGCCCUCAAAACAUGAAAAGCCAUUCAUAUAGUCACCUUAACUCUCGUUUUACCCAAUAUAGUAGCCUUGAGUGUGUUCUACUGUAGAUUAAAGUACUCACUCACUGGAUCCUCGAAGCGUCAUUGCUGUAGCCGUCGCCUGACCACUACGACACGACCAUGGCGUGGAAAUAUCAAAUCCUUCAUAAUUCCUCUAAGUUAGAACUGGGUUUCCAUGUGCUGAAACCAAGGGCGUAAAUUGUUCUGUGAAAACUUGGUCAACUUGACAGUUGCAGCUACGACCAUUAGCCCUAUUGUUAGUAUUUUGUGUUGUUAGCAUUGCGUGUCCUGCGUUGUGUUGUCAUUCCACAUCGCUCACAUCAAGGGCUUACCAAUGUCAUGUGGAACUGAUGAUAUCAUAGAUGAAGUGCAACAACAAAGUUCAUCUACACUUAGCAUUGCCCGGACAGCUGCUGAUGGCAGUCUUGUGAACAUUAAGUGGCACGUCGAUACUUGUAUGUCUCGCGUCACGCUAAAGUCUCACCAAUGUGAAACAGUGUGAUUGAUGAGGCAGGUGUUUAAGAUAAAGUUCAUCAAAAUGUUGUUCUGCCAAAAUUAUCUCAACUUGAUUGUCACAGUAAAGAUGGCGCCAAGAUUAGCUGCAAUGUUAGCAUUGUUCACCCUUAACCCGGAAACGUAAGUCCCUCUUGGUGAAUAUCUUUAUCAAUUGCCACAACAUAAUAACAGAAAAUAACACAAACACUGUAAUACAUAUUCAACUUAAUUUAACACUUAAUUUAGGCCAAAAAUAUGUAGAAUAUGCUAUUGUUAUAAUUUUUUUUCAAAUCUGCGAUGUAGUGAAAUUGCAAUAUUUGAAGUGCGGUGUGGCAAGGGACGACUGUACGAUGAAACAAUGUGACGUCAGUGCAAGAUGCCGAAAACAUCACCUUUGACCGUUAGUUUUGUUUUUCUUCCGUUCCAAAACUUGCAUUGAGGUGAACUCAAGUUCUUAUAUGAUCCUAAGUAGGCAGUGUGGAUUAUGUAGACGCAGCUGUGGAGAAAGGCCUUCUACAACAGCUAGCAGGGAAAACCAAGCGGCCUGCAGAACCAGCUGCUUUAGAGGGAAAUGUACAGUCGGCGGUGGUUGUUGCGCGAGCCUGGCGCCAAGGCGAAAAGCUAGAUUGUUACUCCGAUUCCAUCUGUUCUAUCAAACAUCUUUCAUUAUCAUUAAUAAUUACCUAUCCAUUUUAUCAUUUAAAUUUGUUUAGGCAUAUUUAGGGUUCAAACUUGGAUUGCUUGAAUUUAGCUUGUUAACUUCUUUUAAGGCAAGAAAACAACAGCAGUUAAAUGAAAACGAGAAGGCUUAUUGAAGCUGGAUAUGUUCUAAUAAUUACAACACUCGCUUUUAUUGCAAAUAUUGAUCUGAAUUAGAGGGUCAAUGUCAAGCUUGCGGGAAGGUUUGGAGGGGGAAGUGUAAGCAAGGAAUAACGUAGGGUGGCUCACAGAGUAUCAUACAUAAUUAUUCGGGUCAAAAUAUGAGUUUUUUGUGGGCAUCUCAAUUCCUUGCGUUAAUUUGCUAAUUGCGAAUGUUCUCGGAACAUAACCACACAAAUUGCAGUGACUAUUGUACAGUAGGACCUCACCUGUGCAGAAAGUAGAUCCCAGAUCCCAACCCCAUCAUCAAGCCAAAGGAGUGUAAAUAAGGGUUUGGGAAACUAGGUAAGAUCUAUUUCUCACAACUCCCCGAAAUAACAGCAAUAACAGCACUCACUGGUUUGUAUAAGCUAAGAACUUACGCUCGCUUUUAUGGCCAGCGGAGAUCGCCUCAAACACAGUUCUGGCGUUUUGGGGGUCAACCAGAGGUGUGUUCUGUUGUGGACAACCUUUUGAUGGAACCAAAAUGUUAAAAGCCUAUUUACCGGUAUUAGACGUAACACUAGACGGCCAAUAAAACUGAUAACACUAAAUAUUUCAAAAUGGUUCUCAAUGUUUUUUAAAACGGUUAUAUGUGAAACCGGAGGACUUAUGAAUUAAGUGUUUAGUGUGGGCACGUGUGAAAUUAACCAAUUAAAAAAUACUAUUUUAUUAUUAAUUUUAGAUGGCGGAAAACUUGAUAGAAUUAAAGAAAAUAAUCAAGUUAUCUUUUGUGUAGGCGUAGCAAACAGCAUUGCUAGCAUAUUCUUCUUCACUCAACAAACUGGUUGAAAGGGAAUCAACAGUGCCUCUGCUGGUAGCACCCGAGCAGUACACCCCAGUUUGACCCUGUUGCCUCCAGAGGUAAUUAAUCAGCAAUAAAUUAUUUGAAAUUGACAGAAUUAUUGUAUUAAAUAAUUAAUCAAUUAUUAGUCAAUACAUAUUCUCGUGUAAACAUCAUUAGUAGGCAGCAUUAACUCGUUAACACACUUCUGGUUGCUCCUUUAAUAGGUUUCUUAAGGUGUGUCAGUGUUUUGGUGGCGUGUCCAAAGGUUAGAUCUUGCGUAACCUCAAAAAAUAACCUCAUUUUUUUCCCCCUUCUUGUUUGAACGUGUACGUACGUGUCGAAGAAAAACAUAUUUUGUUAAGAAAUGUGGAGUGAGGGUGUUCAGUAUUUAAAAGAUUUUUGACUAUUUUUCUAACUGAUUUAGUUGUUUAACUCAGUGAAAGUUGUCCAGUAUGUUCUGGGGAUGUCAGAAGAGCCCGCAAGUGUAUAACAGAAUUGUUGCCAACACUAUGUUCGCCACACACAAACACACUCACACACCAAAACACAACACAUUGAGUAUGUGUACACAGUGCUACCGUAGAACAAUGAAUGUAGCCAACCACGCGGGCUGUGUGUCCUAGCCUCUCCCUGGUGCUCAUAUUGAAUGGUCUUUAUAUUGUGAUACUAUUUUUGUAACUGAAUAUUGCAAUGUAGCCCCGGUGACGACCUAGCUUGAAUAUAAUAACGUUGUAUGGAAGAUGUAGAGUGGAUAUGCUACACGCUCACUCGCUUGCAUGUACACACACACACACACACAUACACUCUCAAAUGCGUUCCAACCUUCGUAAUUCAGAGUGUUUGAUGAUGUCUUCCGAGUCUUUGGCUGUUCAACAUGCAACAUUUUAUGGAAAAAAGAGAAAAAUCCUCAUACUUGACAGACCCACGUUGUACUGUAAUGCUAAUAUUUGCCACCAAAUGCUGCAGAUAAGACAAAAAAAUCCUGCCAAAAUUCUCAUUCUUUCAGGUCAUUGUAUUUUCAAGGACACUUCCGGUUGUCUUAGAAGUGGUUUGGCCUCUGAUCCGAGCAGACUUCAUCAGUCAAAGACUAGAACAGACAGCAUUUGUCUGAGGGGAUGGCGUAGGACCCAAAUAUUGAUUCUCUAAGGUGGUUGCAUGCCCCAACAAGGAUGGUUUCAUUAUUUUGUCAUGCAAAACGACAGUAAGAGAGAAUAGAGUGGCUUCUACCAGCCAACCACUGGUGGACUCGAAAGCUAAACGUGGGCUAAGAUAUUCAGUCUUUCUUCUAACAACUGUUGUUUUGCAUUCCACAAUAGCGAAACCGUCCUAUUUGGAAUGUGCCACUACUUAAGAGGAUCAAUGCUCGGUCUUAACAACAUCCCCUCAGAUUGGUUAUGUUCUGUUGUCUUUGAGCAUGGACUGAAUUGAAGCCUACUCUGAUGAAAGACAAUACGUCUUCUAAAACAACUUAAACAGUUGUGUUGGCGAUCGAUUCAAUGCCCUGAGAAUAGGAGAAAAUCAGCCUACGUCAGCUUUUUUUUUUUUUAAUUUUUUGUAUGCAUUCCUCAUUUGUGAUAUUUAGUUGCAGUUCCAUUACCACUUUUUCCAUUGCUUUUUACGACAAUUUAAUGUCUACAAACUCCCUUGUGGUUUUGGUGGUUCUUGUAGCUAAGGAUGGAUUCAUUUCUACAAAACAUCAAGAGCAUUUAUCUUGUGGUUAUAGAAGGUAAGCAGGGGAAAGUGUCGUCUUGUACGGGAAUAACGGAUGAAACUUUACGCAACCUGCCAAAAACAUGACUAUUACAUGUUGGCAUGUGGAUGGAAGAACUGUUGGAGCACCUCUUUUUAGUUUUGUUUUUGCCUUAUCUUAUUUCAUAGUUGACCAUAUACAUUUUCAACUCUAUGGUUUUUUAACGAUUUUUAGCCUCUAUUAGAUCCAUAUCCAGUAUUAUUUCCUUUUAAAUUUGUGGUUUGCUAUGACUUUUUAACAAUUAUUUUCCAAUCUUAAACCUCAACUUCUUAUAUACAGUAUGAGCUCUGUAGGUGAGUGAGUAGCCGACACGUAUUAUACACCACCUCGCACGGUCAAUUAUGCAUUUGAUAACAAAGCGUUAUUUGUACAGCUGUUUUAUAUUAUUUUACCAUGAUAAUCCUCUGUAACCUGAACGGUGCACAGACAAUCGCUAUACACAUGUCAAUAAAGCUGUGAUAAAGUGCCCAUCGGCUCUA